GGAAGCAUAUGCAGUGCAAGAGUAGUCCGCGUCUGGAAGUUAACUAGUCGGUGAAGGAGUCAGGCGCUUGUGAUAGUCAUGAGGAUCCUUUUCGUUUUCCUGGGCGGAUUAGCCCUUUCGGCUGGAUUUGGACCGAAUAGUCGAGGUGAUAUUUACCGUGGUGGCUAUGGCUAUAAUGAUAUGACGCUCAAUUACCUAGGAAUGGACCGCAACGCUAUGAACUAUGAUCAGAAUUUGGAUCAGGCCAUGUUACUUGACAAGAACGUGAUGAACCGCGUGGAUACCAGUAGAAAUAUUUUGACGAGGGACCGUUUGAACAUCGAUCAAAUGGGCAUGGGUCGGGAUUUGAAAAUAUCCAUAAUGAACGAUAAGGACAUUUUGCGCAAACAGAAGUUCAUUCUCGACAUCAUGCGAAAUGUUUACACAACUUUAAUCAUGGAUGAUGUCCGUGAUGUGGCCCCAAUUGAAGGAGAGAUGAAUUACAAUAACUACGACCGUGUCAUCCCAUUCUUCCGCAUGUAUGGAAUGAAAAUGUUCCUACCACGUGGCCGUAUUUUUGCCGUCAGCGACCGUGUACAACUCCGCCAAGCAGUUCUGCUAUUCAAUCUUUUCUACUACGCGAAGGACUUCAAUAUCUUCCAGAGAAACGUCUUGUGGGCACGUAACAAUGUCAACGAGGAUAUGUUCAUCUACUCUUUGACUGCAGCUAUUUUCCAACGCCGCGAUAUGAUCGGAAUCAAACUUCCAUCGCAUUAUGAAGUCAUGCCACAUAAGUUCCAUACAGCCCUAACCAUUACCAAUGCAGUGAACACGCGAAUGGGAAAUCUCCAGGAUAAAGUUCUUAUCGUUAAAAACAACUACACGAGCGACAUUACCUUGAUGAAUGAUGAAGCUAAGCUCGCAUACUUUACUGAAGAUAUUGGCUUGAAUCUCUACCACUAUUACUUGUUCCUCCAGUAUCCUUACUGGUUGGGAGGCGAAGAGUUCGGACUGUACAAACAGAUGCGUGGAGAAGGAUACCUGCUAUUGAUUCAACAAAUAUUGGCUAGAUACAACAUGGAGCGUCUAUCUCAUGGAAUGGGUCCUAUUAAGGAUAUAUCGCUUAAUAUUCCUUUGAAGAACGGCUACAAUUCCUUCUUGAGGCAUUACAACGGACUAGGAUAUUCUGUUAGAAAGAAUUACUAUGAUGUUUACACCACUGGCGACUACUAUCUAAUAUCUCGGGUUAAGGAUUACGAACGCAGAAUUCGGGAUGCUAUCGAUAAAGGCUAUGUUAUUGGAAAGGACGGUAGCAAAAUAGAUUUAUAUGGCAAAAAUGGAAUUGAUCUCCUUGGAAAUAUAAUCCAAUCAAACAAGGAUUCGGUCAACGAUCGCUUCUAUGGAGGUUUAGUACGACUGAUGCGCAAGCUGAUCGGCGGGGGCUAUGUUAAAAAUGUCGACCACAACAAUGUCCUGCCAAGCGUCAUGGAAUACUACGAAACCGCUCUACGUGAUCCUGCUACAUAUCAAGUGUACAAACGCGUCUUGAAACUUCUAUAUCAAUACAAAAACACUUUGCGGCCCUACACUACCGAAGAUUUGCUUGUGAAAGGUGUUCGCAUCAUGGAUAUCCGUACUACAAAAUUAGUGACCUACUGUGAUCAAUUCGACGUUGAUGUCUCCACGAUUGUUGACCAUAACAUCCGCACCCAGACGAAGGAUACUAACGUUGACAACGUCGUGGGAGAUAAAUUGGUAUUCGCCCGUCAUACCCGUCUCAAUCACAAACCCUUUGCCAUUAACCUCGAUGUAACAUCCGAUCGUGCACAAAAGGUAGUUGUCCGUCUCUUCAUUGGACCGAAAUACGAUCAAUUUGGAAAGAAGAUCCAAUUGAAGGACAAUCGCGAUAACUUCAUGGAAUUAGAUAAAUUCGUAUUUGAUUUACCAGCAGGACGCGUGACUAUCAAGCGUGAUUCUCGCGAUUUCAACUACGUUGUUCGUGAUCGCACUACAUAUGUGGACCUCUACAAGAAUAUCGUUCUCAACAAGGAUCUUAAUAAGCUUCUUGAUCUCAACAUUGUCGAAUCUCACUGUGGAUUCCCUGAUCGUCUUCUAUUGCCACGUGGCUGGGUUGGUGGCAUGCCACUGCAAAUUUUCGCUAUUAUCACUCGCGCCACAAACUUCGGCAAAGGACCCACCAUUUUGACAAAAUGCGGAAGAAACACCCAAUUGUUCCAUGUUGAUGACUUCAAACUCGGCUUCCCAUUCGAUCGUUACAUCGAUGAAACUGAAUUCUACACAACAAAUAUGUUGUUCAAGGACAUCCUCAUCUACCAUGAGGGAAUGGAUACCAAUAUUGGAAUGAACGACUAUAAUGGAAUGCGUGAUAUCACCGAUACAAUGGGUAAUCUGAACCCUGGGCUUGACGUAGCAACGAUACAAAAUAUAGGUGGAGGCCGAAUGAUGCAAGAUAUGAUGGGGGACCGAAUGAUGCGCCUUUAAAUUUUAUACAGUUUUAUUAAAAUUAAAUUUGUAAUAUCAUUUUUUAAAAAAAUAUACAGAAUUUAGCAGCUCAA